GCCGAUUUGAGGGCGCACCCAGAGGAGCCUGUCACUCCCCAAGUAACGUCGACAGGUUUCGAUGUAAAUUUGUAACUUUGUCCUCUUUUCACUCCAACGACAAACAGAAGGACGGAGUUUAUUCAGCGGCGUGACCAUGGAGACAAACAUUUUUACCUUCACUCUUCUGUGUCUAAUGAUGUCAGGAGUCGGUGCCUUGGAAGUGACCAUUCCAGAGGACAAGUAUGAGUUUUCCAGAGGUGCAAACAUCACAUUGCCCUGCACGUUUAAAAGCAGGCUUACCAACCCGGGACAAGUGAUUGUUCAGUGGUCUGUGACCGAAUUGGAAGUCAAUGGCGAAAGGAAAACAAUCGUCACCUAUUAUUCUGCUGGCUCAGUGACUGACAUCAAAGCAGAAUAUGAAAAGCGGGUGUCCCUGGAUAUAAACGUGGCCUCUGGAAAGGCCAACCUGAGAUUGGCUUCAAUAAGAUCAGAAGACGAGAAACAAUUUGAGUGUCGCGUCAACAUCCCAGGCGAUGACGAGGGCCAGCCAGCUUCUACUACCAAUUUGGUGGUUGUAGUGCCACCAUCUGUGCCCAUCUGUGCCAUCCAAGGGAAAUCAGAAUAUGGGCACAACAUCAACCUGACCUGUGUCUCAAAGGAGGGCUCACCAUCACCUCAGUACGAAUGGACCAGUCUUAAUGCCAGGAAAAUUCCCCAUAUUAAAGACCCAAGAACGACCAGCAAAGGAGGCAUUCUGUCUCUAUUCAACAUCUCCAAAGAAACAUCGGGAUACUACACCUGCACAUCCAGCAACAACGUUGGCUCUGCCAGCUGCAACAUCACCCUCUCGGUCAUACCACGAACCAUGAAUAUUGGCUCCACUGCAGGAAUAAUUGUAGGAGUUGUUGCAGCUUUGCUCAUACUUGGCAUAGUCAUCUAUUGCUGCUGUUGCCGCAAGAAGAAAGAAGAUGAGGAAUAUGCUAUGGGAGUUCAUGAGGAAGGAUACCCUGGCAAAGAGCAAGACAGGAAUGGUGAGAGGCGCCAUGCUGAGACGUCAGAUGAUAGACCCGCUGACGAUGAUGAUCACUCCGACGUGAGGGCCCCGCUUCGUGACGAGUCUGAAGAACGUGGGGAACGAAGGGAACGUGACCCCGACCCCCGCAGGGAUUAUGACGGUCAUAGCAACGAUCGUCGGCGGGAUUACGACGGUCGUCGUAGCGACUACGAUGAUGGUGGCAGUGAUUACAUUGAUCGCCGCAGUGACCAUGAUGUAAGUGCCAAAUAUGGAGACCGCUACGAUGACGACCAUCGCAGUGACUACUCCAAUUCCCGUGAACGGUAUAAUGACCGCCAUGAGCGUUAUGCUGACAACCGUCGCCGUGACGUUGAGAGAGACAGAGAAGUCCACUACCGUGAUGAUGACCGCUACCGUGAUGAUGACCGCUACCGGGAUGAUGACCGCUACGAUGAGCCCUAUGAUGACCGUGAAAGGCCCCCUGUCCCAUCCGAUAAGCCACGUAGAAGAGACUAUGAUGACUAAGCCGGCAUCCUCCAGCUUGUUUUUACACAAUGGUGCCCACAAGCGGGCGCUCAUUUCCACCUCAGGAGGCGAGCUGUGUAAUGGUUGAAAAAUGUAAUUCACAACUGUAAACAACCCCCGGGAUUGUUAACCAACAUCUAAUGUUCAUUGUUAUAUAAACCUCAUUCCAUCCAUGGUUGAUAUGGACAUCAGCUGUUUCUGCAGACAGCAUGGUAUAAGUGAACGUAGCUUCCAUAUUGUCAAACCUCCACUUGCUUUAUACAGUCCAUAGCUCCUCUAUCACUUCUCUCUUGUAGUUUUUGCUGUACAUAUUCUGGCAAUGGUUACACUCUUCGGGCAUAGAUGUUGCGCAUAUAACAGUUCUGGGCAGCUCUAUGUCUGAUGCAAUACAGACACUUAGGUUUAACAGUUUUUGUGCUUGAGAUGAAUUUUAUUUUAUUUUACACCACUGUUGCUGAUCUAUUUUAAGUACUUUACCUUCAUUUUUUAGAUAUAUCAGCAAAACAAUGGAAUUAGCUGUACACUAGUUAUUUCCCGUGCGUUCAUAUGUUGUGAAUGAAUUCUAGUUAUGUUUGUAUAUCUGUGUUGUGUAUAUUAUCUUUUUAGCUAUAUGCAGAAUUCUACUAUGUGGCGUUGACUUUGAAAUGUGUGCGUAUAUAUGUACUACUGCAGAAUGGUACACAUUCCAAACAAUAUAGUUGUACAGUGACGGUGGGAUUAAAACGGGUAUAUUUCUGAUGUUUGGAAACAAUGCCAGUCUCGGUGAUUUACUGAGUUACUUGCUGAUAGUUGUAUAUGCUCUCAUUGAACAAUGUACAGUGUAUUCCACCUUAGAUACUAUGAUGAAAUAAAGUAAGGCUGAUAGAAAAUACAGGUU